CCCGCCCACUUGUCGUCACCAGCGCGACACCGCCCGGCGAGGCGGACGCCAUGGCGGCUGUGACGCGCUCCGGGCGGCAGCUGCAGCUGACGCUGGCGUUGCUGAAGCCGGACGCUGUGGCCCACCCGCUGGUGCUAGAGGCCGUGCACGAAACCAUCCUCAGCAACCGGUUCCUCAUCGUGCGCGCCAAGAAGCUGCGCUGCGGACGGGAGGAGAGCCGCCGCUUCUACCGGGAGCACGCGGGGCGGUUCUUCUACCAGCGGCUGGUGGAGUUCAUGGCCAGUGGUCCCAUGUGGGCUUAUAUCUUGGCCCAUGAGAAUGCUGUCACCCUCUGGAGAUCCCUGAUGGGACCCACCAAAGUAUUCCGAGCACGAAACAAUGUCCCGGACUCCAUUCGAGGAGCUUAUGGCCUCACUGACACCAGGAAUACCACUCAUGGCUCAGAUUCACCAGCAUCAGCCAGCAGAGAAAUUGCCUUUUUCUUCCCAGAGUUCAAUGAACAGCUCUGGUACCAGCAGGAAGAGCCACGUCUGCGCUGUGGGCAGGUGUAUUACAACGCAGAGGAGCGUGUCCACUGUGUGUUCAGGGAUGAAGAAGCAGAGUUGACCUGAGUUGCCUGGGGGUACAGAUCAAAAGGAUCUGCGGAAUAUUUCUGCAUUUUUGCAUUGCUGCUUUUAUUUUCACCAGCAGUAUCCAAUGGUGGAUCUGCUCAUGAUCAAGUAUGUGUUUAUACAGGUCUGAAAUCUUGCUGUCCUUAAUGCUGCUGUCAAUUGCUAUUUUACUGAUUUCCUGAGUUUCUCUUAAGUUACGUGUGUUUUUCUUGUCACUAUUAACCCUUCUACUUUUAUUAUCCUUCUUCUUUAUAUUGUGCUUUCUUUUUUGCAUAUUAAUUUGGGAUGUUAUUCAAUCAUAAUUUCUAGCUUACACCUCUUAUUUUAAAUGCUUUUUUUUUUUUAGUCACUUGCCAUUAUUACAUUUUGGGAAACUGACCCUUUUAAAACUUCAAGUACAAAUAAUCCUGGCUUAGUAGCCUAGUAGCAUAGAUCACAAUCACCAUUACUUAGAUAGCUAUCUGUUGUUAUGUCCAUAUUAACAUUUCUUUGGUCCACCAAGACUACCUGAGUAGAGGUUGGCAAAACUGUGCAGUCCCAUUUCCCUAGACAGAGUGUUUAUUUUGCAUAUCUAAAGAUGUUCUUGGAACUUUAUCAGGAGAUUUAAUACUGAAAUAUUUGGUGUUAGAUGUAGGAGAUAGUGUCAAAAAUUAUUUUAAUAUCAAAGGAAGCCUUUGGAUUUAUGAGAUGAUAACAGAUACUCUCUGUUUUGAGGACUCUUAUGAAAGUCUUUAUUUUCCCCUUCCUUGUAAAUGCUGAAUAGAUUUUUUUUUUACUUUUCUAGAGAUGUUUAGCAUCUGUUUUGUAUACCCCCUGGUGCCUCUUGGUCCUAUGGUGAAUCACUUUUGCCUGUGUAAAUUCCAAUGUCUUUAACUGAAAAUAACCUCCUGUACCCUUUCUCACUUUCUUCUUCUUGCUGCCCCUUCCCUGUCCCUAAUCUGUCCUUACAGAACAAAUUGAAACCUCUGAUUUUUUUUAACACCUGAGUCAAAACCAUUCUUAAGAAAUCUUGGCUAUGCCUAGCAUGUGCAAUUUCUUUUCUUUCAUAAAGAUAUUUGGUUGCUUUAUUUGAGCCCCAAACAUGAUGUUGUAAACCAAUAAAGGCAAAUUAUCUGAA